CCAGGGACAGUAUUCACCCAACUACAGGAUUCUACUGCCCCUAGAUCUCAAGAUCUGAUAUUGCCCCUCAACACUUGCCUCAGCUUUACGAUGAACUUUCAAGCUGUCGGUUAUUCCUCUCUCCUCAUCCUCCUUUCUUGAAGAAGCUCUUGAUCGUCGUCGUCCACCUCCAGCAUAUGUUUCCGGCACAUCUCACGUUGGCGGAAUCUUCUCAGAGAUGGACCAAGCUGCUCCACUACUAGUACACAACGAAAAUGAUGAUGUCUCGCUCCAGGAACAUUCAAUGCCCCAGCCUGACGAAGACCUUGAUGCGGGCACUGCUGGAUCUCGAACAAAAUGGACAACCUUCCUGACCUCUACGCUCAAAUCGACGAACUUUUGGGCAUUCCUGCCACGCUACAUUCAGCCUGGUGGCCGACAAAUGUACCAAGCCAGACGUUCCCCUACUUCUUACCUCGACGCUCUACGUGGCUACGCAGCCUUGCUAGUCUACAUCUACCAUUGUUGGGAUCUACCAGAAUCUCCCAUAUUCCGAUUCCACUUUCUUCGGGUCCCCUGGAUUGGCGGCGCAGGCAUGGUGGCCAUCUUCUUUGUCAUCUCAGGCUACGUCCUGAGCUUUCGGAUCGUGAAGCUGAUUCGAAACGAGGAAUCUGCGAAGCUGCUCGACACUCUUGCCUCAUCGAUUUUUCGGCGCUUCCUACGGCUUUACUUUGCCACGGGCUUUGCAACGUUGGUGUCAGCCUGUUUCGUUUACCUCGGCUGGUUCGUCCCGUACGAAGACCUUCGACAACGUACUAUCCUAGCUCAGCUGUUGCACUGGUUCCGUAACUUUGUCUACAGCAGCAAUCCGUUCGCGGACAUCGAGGGCUGGAUACAUGAAGGUGUCUUUUUCACAAGGUACCUGGCUCAGAUGUGGACAAUUCCGGUCGAAUACCGUGGCAGCAUCGUCAUCUUCGUCUUCUGCACGGCGGCAUGCAAACUGACGACAAGAUCCCGCUUCGUAUUCUUGUGGAUUGUGAUUUUCUUCAGCUACUACUGGCGCGUCGCCUACGUGGUCGAGUUCAUGUUUGGUGUAUUCAUCGCGGAGCUCUCCCUGAUCCGACACCCCGAACGACAUGGCCGCCCCGCUUUGGAGGUGGUUCCCGACAUGUCUGCACAAAGCGAUGAGAAGGAGUUUUUGCGCCCCAAUCGAAAGGCUUGGGUAGAUUGCGCCACCCAAGUCGCGUCAUACGGGUUGUUGAUACUAGGCUGGUUCCUCCUUGGCCAGCCUGAUCCACCAGACCUAGGCCUCUCAGGUCCUUGGCCCUGGCAGUAUCUUCACGCGCUGAUCCCCACCUGGUAUGGGGAAGCAGCCUACACGUUUUGGCCGUCAAUCGCUGCUUGCUGCGUUGUGUUGGCCAUUGACCUCAACACCACGCUUCAGCGCCCGUUUGAGUGGAGUUUCUCACAAUAUCUUGGUGAUCUCUCAUUCGGCGUAUACGCCAUGCACAUUAUACUGAUUCACGCGGUAUACAAGCCUGUCAUACUGGUCUGGCAGGCGCGGCAUCUGGGAGACUCGACUCUCGCCUUUCUCCCUGGUGCGAUAGCACUUACGCUUCUUGUCCUGUGGGCCGGGGACUAUUUUUCAAGGGUGGAUAAGAAGAUCGUACAAUUUGGGAGAUGGCUGCAGACUCGGCUCUUCGUAAAGUGGGAGUAGCAGAGUCAAACAUCAUCUUCCUACCGUGUAUGUAGAAAGCAUAAGUACUUUGAGUAAUUCAGACUUUCAGCUGGGCUGGG